AUGGUAGACAGCAAAUCAGAACAGGUUGAGCUCCCAAAGCAACAUGUCUGUAAGGAGGAGGAGGUUCUCUCUGACCAGCAGCUCUGUAUUCAGGAGAGGAACUCCAGUCUGGACCAAGAGGACCCAGAGCCUCCACAGAUUAAAGAGGAACAGGAGGAACCCUGCACCAGUCAGGAGGGAGAGCAGCUUGAACUGAAGCAGGAGACUGAGACCUUUAUGUUGACUCCUAGUUAUGAGGAAAGUGACCACAGUGAAGAUCAGACUCUGUAUAUGAGUAGCAAUGAAAAUCAGAGGUUGGUGGAAGAAACACCUCUAGGCUACACUCCAGUUGAAAACUCUGUAGUACCGGAACCAAACGAGGACCACCAGCUCCUCUCACACAACUCUCAUGCAGAUAAAAGCCAAGAUCAGAAAGGAGGCAAGCAUGGAUCCUCUGAAUCCACUAGUAAUGCAGAACCAAAACCGUUAUUCCAGUGCGACACAUGUGGGAAAGAAUUCAAUGUUAAGUCAAAUUUUUACAGACAUCUGAGAAUCCACACAGGUGAGAAGCCACAUUCUUGCAACGUAUGUGGGAAACGAUUCCGUGACAAAUCAGCAUUGAAAGUUCAUAUGAAAAUCCACACGGGUGAGAACUUGAAGCCACAUUCUUGCAAAACAUGCGGAAACACUUUUCGACGUAAUAGUGACUUGGUGUUCCACAUGAGAACACACACAGGUGAGAACUUGAAGCUAUAUUCUUGCCAAACAUGUGGAAACGCUUUUCGACGUAAUAGUCACUUGGUGGUCCACAUGAGAACACACACAGGUGAGAAGCCACAUUCUUGCAACGUAUGUGGGAAACGAUACAGUCAGAAAUCAACAUUGAACUUUCAUAUGAAGAUCCACACAGGUGAGAACUUGAAGCCACAUUCUUGCAAAACAUGUGGAAACACUUUUCGAUGGAAUAGUGAAUUGUUGUCCCACAUGAGAACACACACAGGUAAGAAGCCGUAUUCUUGCAAAAUAUGUGGAAACAGUUUUCGAAAAAAUAGUCACUUGGUGGUCCACAUGAGAACACACACAGGUGAGAAGCCACAUUCUUGCAACGCAUGUGGGAAACGAUUCAGUGUGAAAUCAGCAUUGAAAGUUCAUAUGAAGAUCCACACAGGUGAGAAACCAUAUUCUUGCGAAACCUGUGGAAAAGAUUUUCGACAUAGCAGUGCCUUAUUGGUUCACACGAGAAGAGCCCACAACGGGGAGAAACCGUUCAUCUGCAAGACCUGCGGGAACAGAUACUUUACGGCCUUUCAAUUGUCAAGGCAUGCAAGAUUGCAUACAUACAAGUAG